UGUAUUCAGUGUCCAUUCCAUGGCUGGAGGUUUGGCGGAGACGGACAGUGCAAACGCAUACCUAAUCUCAACGAGUCUGAGUUAAAGGCAGUGAAAGCUGUGGUAAAGAAAUGGCAGACAAUAGAGAAGAAUGAAGUUAUUUAUGUUUGGUAUCACUCGGAGGAUAAGGACCCCAAUCACUACCCCCAAGAUUUUCUUGGAAAAAACUCUCAUAAUCUAUCACUGAAAGAGAGUUUAAUCAGAAUUAUGCAUUCUAACCAUGAGAUCAUAAUGGAGAAUGGGGCCGACUUACAUCACGUUCAUUACGUACACCAGGAGCUCAUACCAUACAUAACUAGUUUAAAAUUUUUGUUUGAUAAUACUAAUGGCACAGAGACUGAGAUGCCUACAAUCACAGGUAGAAUGGCCAUCUAUUUAUUCGGUUGGGAAUUGGUCACUGUACCCAUAAAACAGUGUUACCUGUCACCAGUGACUGAACUGGUAUACAUUGGCGCAGACAACUCAAUGCUGGGCACCGUAUUAUCCAUGUUUAGUGUUGUUCCAUUGCAGCAUGGUGAAACAAUCUUGGUGAAUUAUCAGGCACCUAAACGCUCAAUAUUUACCCGCAAUGACGAGGUCAUUGUCAAGUAUCUGCGCUUUUGUCAAAAGUUUUACACUAAAUAA